AUUUUAAUAAAACAUGUAUUAUUCAAUUUAUGAAAUAAAUUGCAAAUUUCCAGACUACUACAGAUGAGCGAAAAACGUCAAGAAAUGUGCUUAAAUUCCUUUUUUAAAAAAAGGGUGUUCCUUUUCCAACUCGAUCUGCAGUACAAUUAUGUCAGCACAAUUUUGACACAGUUGCUGCGGAUGAAGAAACCUCCUCAUUCUGUCAAGUUUCAAUCAGCUGGAAAAUUAAAUGGAUAGAAACUUGCAAGGUUUUUUUUAAAAUUGCAGAUAUGCCAAGAAUAAUGGUUUGAAUGAGAGGAGUGUUGAAUCGAGGUGAAGGUUGGAAGGUGUGUGAACAUUCCAAGUGGUGCAGUCUCGAUUGUGAGGCGGAGCUAGUUGCCCCCUAAAAGGGUGGUUGUGGAUGGCGUGGCCCAGCAUGCAGUGCAGCACUGUUCUAACGGCUCUAGCUCGAGCUGUGAUGGGAGCGCCGCGCGCCGCUGCUGACCGGGUCUGAAAGGGCGGCCGCACAGAGCUCGAGCUGGGGGGGAGGGAGAAAAUCCGGAGCCAGUACUCGCUGGCCGCCAACUGCUCGCCAUGACCGCCAACAAUACCACCACCACCAGCAGCGGCUGCCGCUUCGCCGAUUACUUCGUCAUCUGUGGGCUGGAUGUCGAGACGGGCUUGGAACCGGACGAGCUCUCGGCUUUAUGCCAGCUCUUACAGGCUUCUAAAGGCAGAGAUGGCCGUGUCAGUUCAAGUACAGAUGAAGGUGAAAACUAUGAGCAGAGUCCAUUACGAAGAACUUUUAAAUCCAAAGUGUUGGCUCAUUAUCCAGAAAAUGUGGAAUGGAACCCUUUUGACCAGGAUGCUGUUGGGAUGCUCUGCAUGCCCAAAGGGCUUUCCUUUAAAACACAGUCUGACAACCGAGAUCCACAAUUCCAUUCGUUUAUCAUCACCCGAGAAGAUGGUUCCCGCACCUAUGGAUUUGCCCUCACAUUUUAUGAAGAGGUGGCUAGUAAACAGAUCUGCAGUGCAAUGCAAACUUUGUAUCACAUGCAUAAUGCAGAACAAUAUGACAUCCUUCAUACUUCGUCUACAAUCUGCAUAAACUCUUCUGAGAGUAACUCUGAUAACUGCAGUGAUAUACCUACUGGCAUGACAAAACUACAGCGUUUCAAUUCUUAUGAUAUUAGCAAGGACACUCUGUAUGUUUCGAAAUGCAUUUGCUUGAUUGCACCGAUGCCUUUCAUGCAAGCUUGUAAGAAGGUGCUUGAGCAACUCCAUCAAGCUGUGACUUCUCUUCAACCUCCACCUUUACCAUUAGAAAGUUAUGUUUACAACAUACUGUACGAGGUGCCUUUGCCACCAGCAGGGAGGUCCUUAAAAUUUCUGGGUGUAUAUGGCCCCAUUGUUUGUCAAAGGCCAAGCACCAAUGAGUUACCACUUUUUGACUUUCCAAUUAAUGAGAUGUUUGAACUAUUGGGUCUGGAAAAUGUACUACAGCUCUUCACCUGUGCAUUGCUGGAGAUUCAAAUCCUGCUGUAUUCCCAACAUUAUCAGCGACUGAUGACUGUAGCAGAAAGUAUCACUACAAUACUCUUCCCCUGUCAGUGGCAGCAUGUCUAUGUCCCUAUCCUCCCUGCAUCGCUCCUUCAUUUUUUAGAUGCUCCUGUUCCUUACUUAAUGGGUUUACAUUCGAAUGGGCAGGAUGACCGGUCCAAAUUAGAGCUACCACAAGAGGCAAAUCUGUGCUUUGUGGACAUAGACAACCAUUUUAUUGAACUUCCAGAAGACUUGCCACAAUUUCCAAAUAAACUAGAAUUCAUUCAAGAAAUCUCUGAGGUUUUAAUGGCAUUUGGGAUUCCACCUGAAGGGAACCUGCACUGCAGUGAAAGUGCCUCUAAGCUGAAGAAUUUUAAAGGAAGCGAUGUGAUCUAUGAUAAGAAGAAUGGAAAUGUAGCUGGAUCAGCACUGAGCUCAUACGAAUUACUAAAGGAAAAUGAGACCAUAGCAAGAUUGCAGGCUCUUGUCAAAAGGACUGGUGUGAGUUUAGAGAAGCUGGAAGUAAGAGAUGAAGCUGGAAGUAACAAAGAUUUGAAGGUUCAUUGUGACAAGGAGGAGCUCAAGAUUCAUCAGCUUAACAUCCAGAUCCGGGAAAUCUUUGCCAAUCGUUUUACUCAAAUGUUUGCAGAUUAUGAGGUGUUUGUAAUUCAGCCAAACCAGGACAAGGAAUCUUGGUUCAGCAACCGGGAACAGAUGCAGAACUUUGAUAAGGCUUCUUUCCUUUCAGACCAGCCUGAACCUUACCUGCCAUUCCUGUCCAGAUUCCUUGAAACACAAAUGUUUGCUUCAUUCAUUGACAACAAAAUAAUGUGCCAUGAUGACGAUGACAAAGACCAAAUCUUAAAGGUAUUUGAUGCCCGAGUUGACAAAAUCAGAACUUUGAAUGUUAGAACGCCAACGCUCCGUACAUCAAUGUAUCAGAAGUGUACUACCAUAGAUGCAGCAGAGAAGGCAAUUGAAAUGAGACUUGCAAAAAUUGACCAUGCUGCUGUGCAUCCUCACCUGCUGGAUAUGAAGAUUGGGCAGGGGAAAUAUGAAUUUGGAUUCUUUCCCAAACUGCAGUCAGAUGUGCUUUCCUCUUCACCGGCCAGCAAUAAGUGGGUAAAGCGGAGUGCGCCUGCGCAGUGGAGACGAAAGGACAGACAAAAGCAACAUACAGAACAUCUGCAUUUGGACAAUGAUCAAAGAGAGAAAUACAUACAGGAAGCUCGGAACCUUGGAACAAGCAUGCGUCAGCCUAAGCUGUCUAACCUGUCUCCAUCAGUAAUUGCACAUACCAACUGGAAGUUUGUUGAGGGCCUAUUAAAGGAAUGUCGUAAUAAGACUAAGCGCAUGCUAGUAGAGAAAAUGGGGAGAGAAGCAGUGGAACUGGGUCAUGGCGAGGUGACUAUCACAGGAGUGGAAGAGAAUACGCUGAUUGCUAGUCUCUGUGAUUUGUUAGAAAGAAUAUGGAGUCAUGGCCUACAGGUCAAACAAGGUAAAUCGGCACUAUGGUCUCACUUGCUACAUUACCAAGAGACCAAGGAGAAAAAAGAAACUGUGUUAGGAAGCACCAGCAGUACAGGAAUCAUCCCAGAUCAGGAGAGGAGGAAAUUUGAUGGUUUUGCCAUGCCUCCAUUAAAGGUUUCACUUACACAGGAUAUGAGACACAUCCAAAAUAUUGGUGAGAUCAAAACUGAUGUGGGAAAAGCUCGAGCUUGGGUAAGACUUUCUAUGGAGAAGAAAUUGCUGUCCAGACAUCUCAAGCAGCUCCUCUCAGACCAUGAAUUGACAAAAAAACUAUAUAAACACUAUGCCUUCCUUCGCUGCGAUGAUGAGAAGGAACAAUUCCUUUAUCACCUCCUUUCAUUCAAUGCAGUGGAUUACUUCUGCUUUACUAAUGUCUUCACAACAAUCAUGAUUCCAUACCAUGUGUUGGUCAUUCCAAGUAAAAAGUUAGGUGGCUCCAUGUUUACAGCUAAUCCCUGGAUCUGUAUAUCAGGAGAACUGGGAGAGACGGGAAUCUUACAAAUACCCAAAAGUAUCCUUGAAAUGACAUUUGAGUGUCAGAACUUGGGAAAGCUUACAACAGUGCUGAUUGGUCACGAUAACUCAGGGUUGUAUGCCAAGUGGCUAGUGGACUACAUUGUUGUUAGGAAUGAGAUAACUGGUCAUGCAUACAAGUUCCCAUGUGGUAGAUGGCUCGGUAAAGGGGUGGAUGAUGGGAGCCUAGAAAGGAUUCUAGUUGGAGAACUUGCAUCAGCCAGUCAAGAAACCGAUGAACGUCACUGUCGGACCCCUCCACUGCAGCAAUCUCCAAGUAUGAUCAGGAGAUUUGUCAAUAUAACUCCUACCAGCAGGCAAAAGCUAAAUACUGGUCAGAUACAAGAAUCUGUUGGGGAAGCUAUCAAUGGCAUCGUCAAACACUUUCACAAGCCUGAGAAGGAGAGGGGAAGCCUAAUGUUACUGCUCUGUGGGGAAAAUGGACUUGUGUCAGCUUUAGAACAAGUGUUUCACCAUGGUUUCAAGUCACCUCGACUCUUCAAAAGUAUUUUCAUUUGGGACUUUAUGGAGAAAGCCUAUAUGUACUUUGAGAGUUUGGAACAUACUGAUCUUGCCCAAGAAGAGAAUUGGCAAACUAGAGCCAAAAACUUUUGCAAGUUUGUUGCUGCUAUAAAUGGUGCCCCUCGGAACAUUGGGAAGGAUGGGAAAUUUCAACUUCUGGUGUGUCUGGGAGCAAGGGAUCAUCUCUUGCAUCAUUGGAUUGCGUUGCUUGCUGACUGUCCUCUCAUCGCUCAGAUGUAUGAAGAUACAGCUCUGAUUAAAGACCACACAUUAGUUAACUCCCUAAUUAGAGUGCUGCAAACUUUGCAGGAAUUUAAUAUCACACUCGAGACAUCGCUGGUCAAAGGAAUUGAAAUUUAAAGAUCACAAACAUCCAAUGGAAGAAUGUGCACAAGUGCAUUGCACAAAUUUUGAAAUUAAAAAUGAAUGCAAUAUUGGAAUUCAGCAACUUGUUUUUAAGUUGUAGAAACUAUUUGCCAUAUAGUAAGUGCAGUGAGCCAUUUUGAACCUGGUUAUCAGGUUAUCCUAAGGUUUGAAAGAAUGUACAGACAUUCUGACUUUUAAUGUUUAGUCAAUCAUUGUAGGUUUGUUUGGUUGUACAGUUAUGUGUACCUCUUCAAGAAUUAUGCUUGUUUCAAACUUCUUUUCUAAAGAAAAUAAGAAGUGUUACACUUGAUUUAUUUUUCUGCACAGGCCAAUCCUUGCACUGUUAACUUGCAGUUUAAAAGUGUCUGAAUUUUUUUAAAAGUGUACAUAAGCAGGGCAUAGGUUUUACUUUGUAGCUGCUUAAAAAAGUGUACAUAUAUACAUAUGUUUGUAAAGUGUGUGUGUGUAUGUAAUAUGUAUAAUAUAUAAACAUACACAUAGUAUUCUUGUAAAAUUCUUGGAAAAUAGGUCGUAUUUUUUCAAAUGUUGAAGGGUUAAAGAUCAGUGUCUGAUAUUAAGCUGAGAAAGUAUUCAUUUGUAUUUCAUUUUGAUUAAAAAAAUAAUUUUUCCUUGC